AUGGAAGCAUUAGCAAUGGAACUUGCCAUGCGUGAUGCUGGAAUGAAGCCGACACAAAUCCAAGUUGUUGAGGCACAUGGAACUGGAACCGCUAAAGGGGAUCCGCUAGAAAUAAAGGCUAUAUCAAAGGCAUACUCCACUUCGGAGAGGGCAGACCCAUUAAUUAUAACCGCGGGGAAAGCAAAUAUCGGUCACACCGAAAGCGCAAGUGGCAUUUCUGGACUAAUAAAGAUAACAUUGGCUAUGAAGAACGAUCUGAUUCCUAUGCAAAUCAAAAUUCAAACUUUAAAUCCAGAAAUUGAUUUGACAACUAUUCCUGCCACUAUACCCCUAGAGGGUCAUUGGCCAUGGCGAACGUUAAUGGGCACACCAAAAGUUGCGGGAAUAAGCUCGUUCGGCUUUACUGGGACGAACACGCACAUUAUUGUACAAGAAGCUCCUUAA